AUGAAUAAUUUAAAUGAUAAUAAUGAAAUUCAAAAUGUUAGUCAAUGUUAUCAACAACAAGAAGAACAAAUUUCACAACCAAUGAUUCAAAAUUAUAAUAAUUAUUCUCAAAUAUAUACAUAUCCUCAACAAUAUACGUAUGUUCAAUCAUAUGUUGGUCCAUCUGUACAACAACAAAAUGAUAUACUUUUUCAUUCAUCAUAUCCAAUACCUAAUCAAGUUAUUUAUAAUACUAAUGAUAAUACUAUAGAUGAUGAAUAUAUUAAUUCAAUAUUUCCUCAAAAUAAGACAGUUGUACCUUCAUGUGAUGAUAUUGAAAAAAAUAUGUAUGUUAGAGCAGUUAAUCGUAGUGAAUUACCAUAUUAUGAAGAUAAUGCAUGGUGUCAUUUAAAAUAUUGGGAAUUUCAUUCAAGAACAGGAGCUACAUUUCGUGGAAGAAGUGAUACAAUUAUAGUCGAUGGUUUUUGUAAUAAAGAUGGAGCAAAAAAUAGAUUUUCAUUAGGUUCAUUAACAUCUCCUGAAAGAAAUGUUGCUAUAUCAAAAGUAUUAUGUCAAAUUGGAAGUGGUUGUCAUAUAAUAAAGAUAGGUGAUAAUAUAAAAAUACAAUCUAAAUGUAAAUCUCCAAUAUUUAUUCAGUGCCCAAUGCAGGGUGCAAUAUCUGGGACAGAUCCAGCAUGUGUUUAUCGUUUAUCUCCAGGUUCUGAAAUAUGUAUAUAUGAUAAUGAAAUAUUUAGUACAAUGUUAAGAAGAGCAGAAGGCAUAAUGGGAUUAGUUAAUCUACAACAAUAUUAUCAAACUCGUAUAAGUUUUAUAAAAGGAUGGGGAGAAAAUUAUAGAAGAAAAUCUAUUACAGAUUCUCCUUGUUGGUUGGAAAUAUUAAUAAUAAAACCUAUGUUAAUGAUAGAUUCAAUUAUGAUGGAAAUAGAUAACCCGGUUAAUGAUAGAAAUGUUGAUUCUGAUUAA